AUGACCUCAAAAGAGCCCUCAACCUCGGCCCCAGACAUCGAUAUUCUUCCACCGAACCUACAAAUACACCCACCACUAGUUCCAGAACAACAACUUCCGAGUCCGAACUCCUCUGAGGAAUCGCGAAACCUGAUCACUGCGAACUUUACGCACUUCCGAGAUGACCCUUUCUCAUUCCUUCGUGAGAUCUCCCUUCAUUAUAGCGGUACAGGAUGGCGUGCAUACGACGAACCGAUUGGCCAGAAGAUAUUCUACAAGGGAUUCAGCGAUGAGAUGAAAGCGCGUGUGCUGGAUAGCAGGAUGUUGAAGGCUAAGCUGCAAGAGUUAGCAGGUCGGAGGGUCGUGAUAGAGGAUGAAAUGGGGUUGUUCGGCGAGGAGAAGAGGCGGCAGAAGAGGCUACAGGAGGUAGAGAAGCAAUUAAAUGAGGUUGCGGAGGAAAUAGUCGAAGGGAUGAUUUGCAAGUUUGAGAGUAAAAGGUUUAUUAGGGGAGCAUACUUCAUUUGCGUCCAACUCCUAGCAAGGACCUACCACCGUGGAAUCCACGUCUCGACACUAGAAAUCCAAAACCUGCGAGAAACUGCCAAAUUAGCUGCGGCGCGCAAGCAAUCGCUCAUCUUCCUCCCAUGUCAUCGCUCCCACAUAGACUACGUCUCGCUGCAGGUGAUCUGUUAUCGGCUCGGUCUGACCCUUCCAGUAGUGGUGGCAGGGGACAACCUUAAUUUUCCCCUUGUUGGUCCAUUCCUCCAACACGCAGGGGCAAUGUUCAUAAGGCGCUCAUUCAGUGGCGACGAGGUGUACACCGCUAUUGUUCAAGCAUAUGUCGAUGCACUACUAUCUGGCGGGUACAACUUUGAAUGCUUUAUUGAAGGCGGUCGUUCAAGGACUGGCAAGUUGCUCGCGCCAAAAUUCGGCAUACUCAGUUUCAUCUUGGACUCAAUUCUCAGCGGCAGGGUUCAGGAUGCUUGGUUUAUUCCCGUCUCAACACAAUACGACAAAGUCAUUGAGACAGAGGCCUACGUUAGUGAACUACUGGGAAUCCCAAAAGUCAAAGAAAACCUCUGGGACUUCCUCAGCAGCAGCAAGUUCCUCAACCUCAACAUGGGUAGGGUGGACGUCCGUUUCCACGAACCCUGGAGCCUGCGUACCUUCGUCGAGAGCCAGAUAGACAAGAUCCGGGCUGAGGGCGCAAUAGGCAUAAGCCUAACCCCCCGACUAAUCAACCCGGCGGAUGCAAACGUUGGUCAGGACACUGUAGACAGAGCUGACCCCGAAGUCCGCCUCAAGGUCCUACGAAGUCUGGGGUAUAGAGUCCUUGGCGACAUAAACCGCGUAUCUGUUGUCAUGCCCACUUCCCUGAUCGGCACAAUCCUGCUAACCCUGCGCGGUCGGGGAGUUGGAAAAUCUGAACUAGUCCGACGGAUGGAAUGGCUGCGCACAAGAAUCCGAGCUAAGGGCGGCAGAGUUGCUCAUUUCGGCAUUGCGGAGACCGAAACCGUUGUUGAGCGUGGUUUGGAGGUUCUCGGAGAACUGGUUGGUCGAGUAGACGGUCUCGCGGAAGAAACUUUCUUCGCCGUGGACCGGUUUCAGUUAAGCUUCUACAGGAACAUGGUUAUUCACCUCUUCAUCAGCGAGACCAUCGUCGCAGCAGCAAUGUAUACGAGGAUCAAACAAGGUGGCGGGCCAGCCAACCAGCGGGUGGAAUACCAAACCUUACUAGACCAGGUUUCCUUCCUAUCGCAGCUAUUCCGCGGGGAAUUUGUCUUCCCCACCGAAGGUCUCAUAACGAAUCUUAGCAAAACCCUUACAGGCCUGUCGGCGGACAAUGUGAUCACAGUGACCAGCAAUUCCGAUAGUAAAAUCGGAUACGUCGAGCUCUCGGAUGCGGAACGCAAAUGCGGUCGCGAGAACUUUGACUUUUACUGCUUUCUCAUAUGGCCAUUCAUUGAGGGCAGUUGGCUCGCGGGAGUCGCGAUAAUGGGCCUUAUCCCGCCGAAGGGGAUGGAAGAAGUAUGGGUGGACCUACGCGAAGCUCAGGACAUGGCACAACUAAUGGGAAAAACACUCUACCACCAAGGCGAUAUCUCCUACUUCGAAGCUGUCAACAAGGAAACGCUCAAGAAUGCCUUCCAGCGCUUCCAGGAGGAAGGCAUAAUCACAAUCCGGAAAUCCAAAUCCGGCCGCACCCCGCCACUAAUGCGCGUCUCACCGGACUGGAUCGCGAAUGAUCGGCUCUGGGAAUUCGUUGAAAAGAUCGCCAUAUCCCGGCGCGAGGGCAAGAACCGGCGCGAUAACGAGAGCGUCAGCUCCCGCGUCCUGAAGCUGGCGGAGAGGUGCGGGCGCGAGCUUUUCGAGAGGGGUGGCAUUUGA